GCGGCAGCACUCUGCAGGGAAAAAGCGGCGAGGUGUCCAGUGUCCCUACAACAAUGGAAAUUCAAUCAGGAAAUGGAGAGGAGGUGGUGAGCGCGACCUCAGGCUUCGUUUCCUGCGCUCCCGCCGGGCCGCAGGUAGUGACAUCAGACGAGCCGGCACUCAGGGAGGACCUGCAGGUGGCGAAGAGGGUGGAGAGGUUUGAUAUUCAGCUGGACAGCCUGAAGAGGAUGUUCGAGAAGCCAGCCGCAUCGACCACUGAAGUGGCAGCCACUCCUCCGGCCAAAAAAGUGACAUCCAUUAGCUCCACUCAGACUGUCCCGUCAACAACACAUCAGAACAUGGAUGCCACCCUUACCGCAGGUAGAGCCGGGUCUUCAAAGGAGAACCAGGAGGCUGAGCCAGUGUCGGUGAAAGAGCGACUGGCGAUGUAUCAGGCAGCCGUGUCCAGCAAGGAGAGCGGCGGUGCUUCCUCCGUGGCGGUGAUGGACGAGUCUGAGGCCUGCUCACUGCCUGGCGGUCUGGCUACUGUGAAGAGGCAGUUUGAGAGCCACGAGUUUAGCUCUUCGUCCUCCCAGUCCACCGUCACCCAGUACCAUGUUCAGAAGAGAACAGUCCAGGAAGUGUCGAGUUCCUCCGAGGUGACGGUGAAGAGCAGCGCCAGAGAGACGACUCCGGCAACAAGCAUUUCGCGACAAGAGGUGAUCCGCGAUCAAGGAGUCCACCAUAACAACGUGGCCGCGGGUUAUGGGAACCAUUACGAUGAAACAGUUAUGCUCGUCAGCGGAGAGGACCUACCAAAGGUUUCCACCCAGGCUUUGAAGCAACAGUACGAAAAAACGAUCGAGGAAGCGGCACCAGCGAAGGAAAUUAAGGUUGAUGUUGAUUUCAACCAGUUUCAGUGGGCCCCACUACACCAGUCAUCCAAAACGUCAACUGUAACUAGUUAUGACUCGUCUUCUACUGCAAAAACUGCUUCUGCAGUUGCAUCAACCUCAUCGGUGACGUAUGAGGCAACAGAACAAUUCCCCCCUCCACCUGCAAACUUAAUCCAGGUAGCACAAGAACAUAGCCUCUCCUCUCAGUCCCAGGAAAAAGGAUACCAACAAAAGUUUACCCUUGACAAGAAGCAGUACUUCAAACACAAAAGCAUGGCUGAGCUGAAACGCCUCUACAAGCACAUACAUCCAGAAGUACGUAAGAACCUUGAGGAAGACUUCAUGAGUCAGCUUACGGAGGCAGAAAAGGCAGCUUUGGAAAGCAAGGAAACGGUAGGUGACGUCCAGCAGACAUGCUAUAUGUUUGAAAACGACGGCAGCAGCUCCAGUGAAUGCUCAAGUCCCGACAGAGAAUACCUGGAGUGGGAAGAAAUCCUCAAAGGGGAAGUGCAAUCAAUGCGGUGGAUGUUCGAAAACAAGCCACUUGAUACGAUCAAAGAUGACUCCCCAGAUAAAAGUGAGGGAAGAAAUAUUGCCCAGCAGGAAAUUAUUGCAGGCAAAGACGUCAGAUACACAGCGUGGAUGUUUGAGACUCAACCCAUAGAUGCUCUAGGGGCAGAGACUGAAGAUGCAACCCAACAGUCGCAGAAGCAGGCAGAACUCGCACGAGGAGACGUUCGUACUGCAACCUGGCUUUUUGAAACUCAGCCCCUGGACUGCCUGAAUAAGAUCCACCAGGAAGAGCAGGAGAACGAGUGUGUGGUCACCAAAGACAUCACUGGCGGAGAUGUGAAAACUGCCAGGUACCUCUUUGAGACGCAGCAUCUGGAUUCUCUGGGUAAAACAGAAACCAUUGAGGAGAGUCACUUCUUGAACCUGAAGUCUGAGCUGGAAGAGGUAAAGGGGGACGUGAAGACAACCACUCGUAUGUUCGAGACGCAGCCCAUGUGCGUCAUCAGGGGGGAUUCUGGUGAAAUGUUGGAAAUUACUACCAUCCGGCGGGAGGAGACUGAGAAAGGAGAUGUUAUGACAUCGCGGUGGAUGUUUGAAACCCAGCCUCUGGAUAUGAUCAACAAAGAUCCUGCAAAAGUAAAGCUGAUAUGUGGUAUUUCCAUGGAGGACAAUACGCAAGGUGGCGUGAACAAAGGCAGAUGGCUUUUUGAGACAAAGACUCUUGACACUAUUAAGGAUGAGGAAUGGGAAACUUCAAGAACUCAGAAGGAACAAAUAAUUGGAGCAGAUGUUAAGAGACACUGUCUUGUUUUUGAGACUCAGCCUAUGGAUACACUGAAAGAUAAUGCCAACGCUCGACCUUUGACCCCAGAGGAGAUUGUAGGAGGAGAUGUUCAGUCAACCAAACAUCGAUUUGAAACGGUACCCAUGGAAAACCUGAAAGAACUAACCGAAGUCGGAAAACUUAAGAAGGUGACUGCCUCCGAGGAAGAGAAGGGUGAUGUGAGACAUCAGAAGUGGGUCUUUGAAAGCCAGCCACUGGAGAGCAUACGGGAGGAAAAAAAGGAGAUUACAAGAACUGUGAACAUUGAAGCCCUUGACAAAGGAGACGUGACAAACUACAAAGAGAGGUUUGAAACCUUAGAUUUAAGUAAAUGUGAAGGGACACAGAAAAUCCAGGUAGAAGGUGUCCCAAGUGGGUCAGUUAAGUCCAACAGAGUGCUGUUUGAAUCCACUCCAAUGUAUGCAAUGCAGGACAGCUCGGGUCAUUACCAUGAGGUGAGAACCGUAAGGCGCGAGGAAAUUGUGAAGGGAGAUGUGCGCAGCUGCAGGUGGAUGUUUGAAACACGUCCAAUCGAUGAAUUUGAUGAAAGUAUCAAUAAGUUCCAGAUAAUAAAAGGGAUUUCCAAGCAGGAGAUUGAAUCUGGGGAUGUCAAAACAGCCAAGUGGUUGUUCGAAACUCAGCCACUCGAUGCUAUAAAAUUUUUCAGUAAUUUUGAGGAUCAAGAACAUAAGACUAAGGAAGAUAUUAAAAUUGAGAAAGGGGAUGUAAAAACAUGCAGAUGGCUCUUUGAGACCCAGCCGAUGGAUGUUCUGUAUGAAAAGGUGGAAAAAAGUGAGGCAGGAGUGGAGGAAGUGCAAAAAGGGGAUGUGAAAACAUGCACAUGGCUCUUUGAGACCCAGACACUUGACAACAUUCGCGAUCACUCAGAAUCAGAAGCCGAGACGAUUCUGAAAACCUGCACUGUAAAGCAGGAGGACAUUCAAGGUAAAGAUGUUCAAAUGGCUCGCUUCCUCUUUGAAACCGAGAACCUGGAAAACAUCACGGGUGAGGACAGCAGUUCUUUCAGGAGGGUCACAGAAAUCAACAUCCAGUCUGGUGAUGUCUCCAGAAUGAAAUACAUCUUUGAGAAUCGUUCCUCUGACAUUAUGAGCUCUACGUCAGAGGAAAUUAUGCUGAAGCUGAAGAAGCAGCAGGCCGAGGACAUCCAAAGAGGAAACGUGGUCAACUGCACCUGGAAGUUUGAGAACCAGCCAAUCGAUGCUAUAUGUGACGACAGCACAAAGGCAAGGGAGAUCCGCACCAUAACCGAUGUUCAGGGAGGUGAUGUGGACAAGGGCCGCUUCAUUUUUGAGACGUACUCUCUGGAUCAAAUCAAAGAUGAGUCGGCAGAGACAAAUAUUUCAAAACUCACUAGUAUCUUUGGAGAUGAAAUUAAAAAAGGAGACGUGAAAAAUUACUCUAUGAUGUUUGAAACCCAGCCGCUGUAUGCCAUUCGUGAUAAGGAGGGCCAUUAUCAUGAAGUCACGACUGUAACUAAAGAGGAAAUCAUAAGAGGAGACGUGGUGGGGGCUCGAUGGCUGUUUGAGACAAAACCCUUGGAUUCAAUUAGAGAUUCGGAGGAGGUAUAUGUUAUUAAAGCAGUGACGGAGGAAGGCAUUAAUAAGGGAGACGUUAGCUCUGCUAGGUGGAAAUUUGAGACACAACCCCUGGAUGAAAUUACUGAGGAGAUAAAAGUACGAUCGAAAACAGUGGCGGAUAUCCAAGGGGGCGAUGUAAAGACAAACAAGCAGCGAUUUGAGACGGAUGAGAUGUCUCAAAAGUACAUUAGAACUGUAAGUGUGAGUGAAAUUCAGAAAGGCGAUGUCAGAUCUGCAACAUGGAUGUUUGAAACCCGCACAAUCGACGAGAUCCGCGGUGAUAGCGAAGAGUACGAUGCAAUGGAGAGGGUGACAAAGGAGGAAGUGAUGAAAGGGGAUGUUAAACAGUCUGUGUGGCUCUUUGAGAGGCAACCCCUAGACAGAAUAAAAGAAACUGAUGUCACAGAGCCUGCUGUGAUAAAGGAGGAAAUCCCACAGGCAGAUGUGAAGACGACUACGUGGCUGUUCGAAACAACACCAUUUCAUGAAUUCAACGAAAGCAGCAUGGAAAAGACCGAAAUAAUCGGUAAGAGCAUAAAGGAGACACUUGAAGAACUUUACUGUCAGAAAAUGGUGAACUCCCAGGGGAUCCUCAUUGAGGCAGAUGAAAUCGGAGAUGUCCGCAUGGCCAAGUACAAACUCAUGAACCAGGAGGUUCCUCAAAUUCAAAAGGAGGAGAUCAUUAAAGGAGAUCUAAGCAAUAUAAUGAUGAACCUACUGAAUCGCACAGAGACGACUGAAAGGGUCAUAACUAUUGAUAAAGAGGAGCGAGGAGACAUCAACACCACAGUGAAACAGCUGUUUAACCAGGAGAGGGGAACAAGUGUUCAGAAAGAGGCAGUUAUUCGAGGUGACAUCCAAGAGGCGAUAGGCAACCUACUGAAGAAUGAAGGCUCCUCUAAGCAUGGAAUCCUUAUUCAAGAAGACGAAAAAGGAGACAUAAAGAUGACAAUCUAUUCUCUACUAAAUAAAGUGGAGCGAUCUAGUAUGGAGAAAGAGGAUAUAAUUCAAGGUAAUGUCAGCAAAGCCCUUCAGCGUCUUCUGUCCAACUCAGGAGAAGAGGACUCUAAAAGGAUAAGGAUUGGGGACACUGAAAGGGGUAAUGUUAGCUUUUACACAACAUGCAUCGAGUCUGGAGCUUUGGACUACCUCAAACAGCUGAAAUCUGAGUCUGAUGAGGUUCACAAAGAGGUGCAGAAGGAGAGUAUCAUUGGUGGCGAUAUCGAAGAGACCAAACUCUUGUUGCGGAAGAAUCAGCAGCAGAUUGGCCGCACUGUGGCUGAAGAUGACAUAGUGCCAGGUGAUGUUCAUAGCAUUGUUAAGGUAUUCAUGACGGAGCCCACUGAUGCCUACAAAAACCUAGAGGGAAAGGACAUUGUUAAGGGUGAUCUUAAUGCAACUCUUGAUUUAUUGACCCAAGCCAUCAACCAGAAAGUGGUUGUAGAGAAAGAGGAGGUGGUAAAGGGAGAUAUUCCCAACACUUUGAAAUCUCUUGAGGAGGCCAAGAGUCAAGCCAAAGAACUGGAAAAGCCUAAAAUUAUCAAAGGUGACAUAAGAGGUGCUCUUGAAUCACUGGAGAAAUCUGCAACCUCAAAAACGGAAGCAACAGUUGACGAUUUAGUUCCUGGCAACAUCAGAGUAACCCUCAAAUCCCUAGAGGAGGCUAAGCAAGCUGUUAAAGAGUUGGAGAAAGAGGAGAUAGUUAAAGGAGACAUUUUUACUGCCAUACAAAAUUUGCAUGAGGCAUCAAGUGAGAAAAAGACCUACCAGCACCAAGUAAGCAAACAAGGGGACGUUAAAGCCACCAUUCAGCUUUUGCUUGAGCCAACCACCUCUCCAAAAAUGCAACGUAGAGGAAGCAUCGAAGGAGACGUCAAAACAUCCAUAAAAUCUCUUUAUGAAGGCCAGGAGGCGGCGCAUUUGGAAAAAGAAGAAGUUGUUAAAGGUGACGUUCAAGGGGCAAUAAAGUCCCUGAUGCAAAGGAAACAGUAUUCAAACAAGAAGCGUAUGCAUUCUGCCAAGAAAGCGAAAGGGCCCGUGAAAAAUCCAUCAAGUGUAAAGCUAGCGGAGCAUGAAAGCUCACAUGAAGCCAUGAGUGAGAAUGUUGUUCUCACUCCAACCCCCACUGUGAAAAACCUCUCUCAGAGCAGUGAGUCACAGAGGCACACACAGAGGCACCAUGAAAGCAAAUCGCUGAAAACGCAGGUAAUAACCCAAGAGGACCACUCUGUUGCUGUAGUCAAAACAGACAAUCCUGCUGGGGCCUCUCAUCAGAAGAGCAUAAAAGAACAGAAAGACAAAGUGCUGCCCCCACACAAAAUACAAGCUCCUAAGCCUAUUAUGAUAAAGAAUACGCAGAAGACUAUUAAUGAUCAAACAGAGAAUAAAGCUGCGGAUGUGACUGUGAUGAAAGAGGUGCAAAACACAACACAGAUGAAUAUUUCAAACAAACAAAUGUGUGAGACAAAAACAAUCAAACAGGUGCAGACUUCGGUGACUGAGAAGACUGUUGUGCAUAAACAAAACGUAACGGUGUCAGAGCAAACAUCACAAAGGCACAUGGAGAACAAGGCUCUGGGACAAAAGCAGAAUUUCAGAAAUCUGAAGAGUGAUCACCGAAAUCUGGACAUGAAAGCGAAGGGCGUCAUUAAAAAGUCAAAACCAGAGAUUCACUUCCCCCCACCCCCCACGUCCCCACCUCCACCAUCAGAGUCUGAGCUCUCCCUCCCUCCGCCACCAUCACCAGUGACGGAGAGCCCGACGUUGUCCAGUUCUAGGCCUCAUAUCAUGAGGCAAGACAGUGACCUGCCACCUCCGCCCCCACCGCCUCCACCUCCUGUGGAAUGCAUGAAGUCUGAGCCUGAAUUUUUCCCACCACCUCCCCCUCCACCAGCACCAUCUUCUGUAGGAGGCCAAGAUUUUCUUCCUCCUCCUCCAUCACAGCAAGAGCUUAAUGCAAUGCCUCAACUUCCUCCCGCAAAACAAGGGAAGCCAAUUGAAAAGCCUUUAUUUAAAAUCCCCAAGCAGCCACAACCACCAAAGCAGCCCACACAGCUCAGACCCAAGUGGCAGAAAAAACAGCCAACGCCUCCACCACCUUCCCCCCAGCUUCCUCCCGGUCAAGAAACAGCAGUGUCAACUGUCCGUAAAGAGGAGGUUAAAGUUCAACAGGUGAAACAGGAAGCAAUCCAACAGACCGAGGCAUGGAAUAAGUCUAAAACAGCUGUGGUGUCAUCGACAAGAAUUUCAAACAUUCCAGUUGUAAAACCAGAUCAAAAACAAAGUCCACAGCCACCCAAAAAAGUGUUUGUCCCUCCCCUCAAACUGCCUCCACCUCCAGACCCUGCUCCAGCCCCAACGGACCGACCAUAUGCUCGGAAAUUUAAAACCCCUCUCAUGCUUGCAGAGGAAAGGUACCGCCUGCAAAGAGAGAAAGAGGAAGAAGAAAAGAUUAAAGUCUUGACUCCAACUUCACCACAAAUUAAUAUACAAUCCUCAGCAGCCAGUGCAGAACUUUCUGCGGCAGAGAGUGGCAAAAAAGAAGAGACUUUGGAGAUAACAAAAGCUAAGAAUGAGGAGGAAAUAAAGGCACAAGAUUCACCUGUCAAGAAAACACCUUCCCAAAUCCCUUUGAGCAAAGCGUCAAUCUCAGUAAUAAAUAAAAAGUCAACCCUUGGAUCUUCAAAUGCGUUCUUAGAUAAAAAGCAAGUAUCCAGCACUGAAGCCUCUGAAAAAGCCCUCACCUCAUCUGAUGUGCCUCGGUCUCAUCACGAGGCCUCAGAAAAAGAAAUCCAGUCCCGUUCCAACAUAGUCGCUGUCUCAGUCGCAGAGCAGCAGCAGUUUAUUAAGAAAUCCAGCACCAAGUCUAUCACUGCCUCACAGAACACUGUCCAGGAUAAUGCAAAUCUUCAAAGCCGGGCUGCGGUCACAUUGAAAACAGAGGAUGUAAAGAAUAUCAAUGUGGCUCUGACACAGGAGGUAAAAAUGAGUCCCUCUCUGCCAACUAAAAUUCCAAAGGUAACUCCCAGUUUCAAAGUAAAAACAUUUAAAAUGCCAACAGAGAAGACAGAUGAGAAGUCUGACAGUUUGGGGCAAAAAGAAAUAAUGAAAAGUGAAACUCAUUCACAGAGAGAGAAAAGUCAGGUGUCAGAGAGUGCUGAAUCAAAAGUGCAUUUAGAAAGCAACCAGCUUACCUCAGCAAGAACUGAGAUGAAAACAGAAGUUAAAGAGAAUAAAAAUCAAGUGCCGCCACCUUUGAAGGUUGAAGUGAAGGCACACACAAAGAAGGGAAAGCAACUGGCAAAAAGUGAAACCGACGUAAAGUCGUCUCCAUCAGUUACUGUUCCAGCACCUCUGGUGGCUAUGGUAACAUCUGUGCCAACCCAUCAAGGACAAAACCUUGUGUCUGUCUCCCAUAGUCAGCAGAGCAUGAAGACAGAGCACAUUCAGACACACAAGGAGGUUGUCGUGACUGAGAGAGUGGUACAGCAGGACCUUCAGAAGCAAGAGGUAGCUCGCAUGCAACAGCUAGCUAAGCUACAAGCAACACAGACAACGAAAAAGCAGGUAAAGGCAGGGAAGUCAAAAGAUGAGUCAAAGGAAGUGCUGGUGAAAGAUAUAAGUAAAUUAUCUUGUAAAGAUGAAGCGCAUACUGAAGAUAUUACAGAUUCAGAGAAAUGUAUUGUGAUCCAGAAGCUGGUUGCCAGAAUAAAAGAACUUGAAGAUGCACCGAGCAAAGUAGAUUCCAACUCUAUCAGGAUACUUAUAGAUGAAGUCCCCGAAUGGGUAAUGGGCUCGGUCGAGAAAAAGAACUUCAGUGAACUCGCUAAACAGCAGAGCAAGAAAAAGCUGAAAGAGAUGAUGGUUUAUGUGAAGCAUAUUAUUCAGACAAAACUCACAGUUUUGGAGAAAAACCUGACAACAGUAGAAAAGGAAGUUAAAGAAGAAAAAGAGCCACCCAUGCUUCCGCCAGUCUCCUCAUCUCCACCUGAGCCUGACAGGAACAUCAUCUGUGGGACAGCUGGAAAACAUACAAGGCCUAUUGGUGGCUCCUUCAAAAUGGAAAGGGUGGUAAAACAGAAAAGGUCUGUUCAGGAGACCAAAGUCCAUCAGGAAGUGACCGAUCAGAGAAUUUCUUCCCCCUUAGCAAGCAUUCGAACACCAUCGCCUACUUUUAUUACAAUUGAAUCAAGGAGAGUAGACUCCCCACUCAGAGUAACCCCGUCUCCUCCCCUGUACAAGUCAGUUGGGACACCACCACCCCCUCCUCGCAGAACUUACACCCCUACAUCUACUUUCAGCAGAGCCACGCCAUCUCCCACUCUGAGCCGCUCCGAAAAUCUCAUGAAACUGAGGGAUACAACCUCAAAACUUUCACGUGGGAUGACUUCACCCCCUCCCAUGCCUGUACCAGAAUACUUUGUUUCUGAAAGAGAGCGCACAUCCUCGUUCAGUGGCAUGACGACCGGUGUUGACGGAAGCGAGCACGGAGUGGUGGACGUUACAGAGAUGGUGGAUUCCAUGAUGACGGUGAAGGACAAAAAGUCUUUCUUUGAGGAGGCGCAGAAGGCUGAAGUGCACAAAAUGUACACCAGGAAGGAUCCCAUUGACAUCCCUGAACGUUUGGGACCGGAUGCUGAGGAAACCACGGAGACCGUGACCAUAGACCUUAUGAAAGAAGAUCUCCCGAGGGUUGAUUUAUCAAAGCUAGUGAACAGAUUUGAGUCUCCCAAACCAAAAAUCUAUGCAAGAAAAGAUCCCAUUGUUAUAUCAGAGAGACUGGGGAGUGAUACUGAAGAUACAGAGGCUGACGCGCAUACUCCGAAAACUGAAGAAAUCCCUGCUUUCAACGUCAAAGCGAUAAAGGACGUCUUUGAGACCGGAGAGCAUGGUUCUCAAGCAGCCCGAGAGCUUAGAGAACAAAUAGAAAGGCGGGAACAUGAGCCGGUUGGUCACACCGAAACAACUUCAGUCUCUGAGCAGUUCUGCAGUGUUGACAACUUCGGUAACGUGACGAGAGAGAUGAGGAGUGAGACGCAUUCUGGGAGCCUGCUGACUCGCGGUAACCCUCCAUCCUACGCUGAUGUAGUGAGGGGUAAUGUUGUCUCUGUACCACCCGAAGCCUCCACAGAGGAAAUGCUGAAAAACUUCCAGCAGUCAUGGGCCGAGAGCCAAGGAGUUUUCCAGAACCUGGGGUUCAGCGUCACUGAGCAGAGAACUUCCCAAACUAUAACACACCAGCAGGAGACCUUUGUGGCGGAAAAUUCGAGUUCCAGAGUCCGAACUGUGCAAGGUGUGUCGGAAGAGAGUGUACCCCAUGGAGUCUCUGAUCGCAGACAAACAAAACUUCCAUAAAAACUGUUUUCGCUGUGAACACUGCAAAGGCAAACUAAGCCUCGGCAACUACGCCUCUCUCCAUGGACAAAUGUACUGCAAGCCACACUACAAGCAACUGUUCAAGUCCAAAGGAAAUUAUGAUGAAGGAUU